CGGGGGCUGCUGGCGGGCACCUGCUGCGCUCCGGGAGGGCCGCCCAGACGGGUCAGGAGGGAGCUGUCAGGCCAGUGCCAACGCCAGGCGGCAGCCAGACGUUAGCCGGUUCAAAAAGCAGCCCUGGGUCUGUUUGAAAGGACGGGCAGCAAUUGGCUGGCAAGCGGCAGCCGACGCCUAGUGGCCGCUUGGAGGAAGGGGAGGCGGAGGACGGAAGCAGAGGCUGCUCCAGGCAUCGGCUGGCGGACGCCCAGCCAGCCCAGCCAGCGCCAGGCCCCCAUCGGGGGGGGGGAGCGUGGAGGUGGCAGCCACACCAGGACAGCGGCAGACACGGGCCCCCUCCCGGGAAGGAGAAGGAGAGGGAAGCAGCAGCAGCAGCAGCCACCCCCUGGCUCACGGCCCCCCCCCACCCAGGCAAGGAGAGCGCAGCAAGCCGAGGCCUUUCUGCGCUCAGCCCGGCUGAUGGCUCUGCAGAGUCCGGCCAGGUGGGGCGAGUGGGCUGCAGAGGCCAGGCCAGCCGGCCAGCCCUUCAGCCGAAGAAGACCCGGCCUCCGAGAGAGGCGGGGCAGCUCACCCUGCAGGCCAGAGCCCAGGCGGAAGCUGACCCAGGGCCCCCCUGCCAAAGACACCCCACCACCACAGAGGGCAAGGCCAGCCACCUCGCAGAGAGCUCAGGAGGCUGGAAUGCUGUGUGGUUGGAACCAAGAUCCCACCCUGGAUUACAUUGUGAAACUUUAUCCCAGCACCUCUGCAAAUCAUGCCGCUCUUGACCUCAAAAGCACUCUGCCCAUGCUCAGAGGCACUGUGCAUCUGAACGGCUCCUGCCUCCGCCUUUUCAGGCACCCCUCUGUUUUUAAAAGAAAACAAAGCCUCCCACGAGAGUGAACGUCUCCUGGCCCUGACGGGGAUUCCUUGGCUCCGAGCGCCCCCUCGUGGAGAAAGGCUUCCCUGCAAACUCUUUAUUUAGCUGGGCGCCUCCAAUCCGAAGCCGCGGCGAGCAUCAUAAAUGACAGCCACCGGCUAGCCCAAUCGGAAAAGGCAGCCGUCAAAGGCCUGCCCGCCACUCCGCGCCCACCUUCCCGUUCUUCCCAAUAGGUCGCUUUCAAACCCAGUCGGCUCCGGGUUGGGCGAAAGCGGUAACGGAUAACCAAGCCGGCCAAUGGGCGUCGGGAGCGGGCGGGCCGAGAGGGGAGGCGUGGAGGCGAGAGUAGGGCUGUCCCCUGCGAGAGUGGCAGGGGUGGGCGGCCAAUCGGGGAGCUGGGGGCGUGUCCCGGGAGGCCUCUGCUUUGUGGUGGGCUGCAAGGCUCUCCUGUCUGCCCGCCGCCUCCGGAGCAUGGAGUUCCCCGAGCACAGCCAGGCCCUGAUGCGCAGCCUGCGGGAGCAGCAGCAGGGGGGCUUCCUGUGUGACUGCCGGGUGGUGGUGGGCAGCGCCCAGUUCCUGGCGCACCGGGCCGUCCUGGCUGCCUGCAGCGCCUUCUUCCACAUGUCCUACCAGGAGCGGCUGGAGAGGCGGGAGGUGGUGUGCAUCAACAGCGAGAUUGUCACGGCGCCGGCCUUCGGGCUGCUGCUGGACUUCAUGUACCAAGGCCGGCUCUCCUUCCGCCACACGCCGGUGGAGGACGUCCUGGCCGCCGCCAGCUACCUGCACAUGAACGACGUCGUCAAGGUCUGCAAGAAGAAGCUGCAGGCCCGGGCCCUGACCGAGGCCGACAGCACCAAGAGGGAGGAGGAGGAGGAGGAGGAGGCCCCCGGCAGCUCCCAGCUGCUGCCCAGCAGCCCCUCCAAGGGCCCGCUGCAGGCCCCCGAGGCCCAGCCCUUGCCGCCGCCGCCGCCUCACCCGUGCGGAGGAGCAGAGCAGACACAUAAGGAGGAGUGGAAGGGGGCAGAGCGAGCGGGCCCCCUGGAGGAGCCCGGGGCCUCCUCCUUGGCAGACACCACCCAGCCCGGCAUGGAAGGCGACUCCCCCCCCGCCAGGCCCCCCCCGCCCCGCCUGGCCGACGUCUCCCUCUCCAGCCCCAGCAGCUCCACCGAGAGCGGCUUGCACAGCUGCUUCCCCCUGGGGAGUGGGGCUGCUCCCGAGGGGCCUUCCCGCCCCGAGCCCGCUCCGGAGAGGGGUGUGGGGCAGCGGGCGGGGGCCCUGGGCGGCCUGUCCUUCCCCAGGGAGCCCGGGGGCGGUGGCAGCAGGCCCCCCGCCAAGGUCAAGGUGGAGGCCAUUGUGAUCUCCGACGAGGAGCCCGAGACGGGGGAGCCGCCGGAGGGCCGCCGGCCAGAGAGCGCCUUCCUGCGGUCCGCCAUGGAGGCCGGGCUGCUGGCCGGAGGCUGCGGCGGCCGCCCCCCCGCAGACAGCUUGGAGGAGCCCGGCGGGCUGGAGGAGGUGUCCUUGGAGGGGGGCGGCGGUGGCGGCGGCGGCUUCCUGGCCCAGGAGCCCCUCCCCUACCACCUGCUGCCCGUGCCCAGCAGCAGCCAGGGCUUCCCCGGCCUGGGGACGCCGCCCCCCCUCCACGACCAGCUGUACCUGCCGGACUACGAGGCGCACCCCAACUUUGGCAUCUUUGCCGAGGACGUGCCCACCUGCAAGACCUGCGGCAAGACCUUCUCCUGCUCCUACACCCUGCGGCGCCACGCCACCGUCCACACCCGGGAGCGGCCCUACGAGUGCCGCUACUGCAUGCGCAGCUACACCCAGUCGGGAGACCUCUACCGGCACAUCCGCAAAGCCCACCACGAGGACCUGGCCGCCAAGCGGUGCAAACAGGACCUGGAGAACCCCUCCUAGGAUGAGGGGCAGGCAGGCGCAGGCCCACCGGGCCAGGGCGGCGGAGAGGCAGGUGCCUGGCCCAGGGACCGAGGCCGCUUCCUGGGGCCUCACCUUGACCUUGGGAUCCAGGGUCCUGCCGCACAUACUUUGGAAGAAGCCACGCCCUCUGAACCUGGAGGGCGGGGGGGGGGAGGAAGGGUUUUCUGUAUUUAUUGGCGGCCAGGCACCUGAGAUUUUAGCUCCCCCGGUGGUCUGUCCGAGGGCAGUGGCCAGAGAACAGGAACGCUUUUUGCCAAGAACUUCACUCGGCUGAAGAAAGCAAGUUGCUAGUCCUCGUGAUUGCAGCAGGGGGAGCUCUCUCUCUGCACUCUCCCACCGUGCGGAGUGAGCGGGGGGGGGGGGGGCUUUUUGACCCCGGACCCCCUCCUCAGUGUGACGGCCCCCCUGCUGCUGCAUUGGUGUUUCUGUUUUACGCAUGGGGGGAGAGAGUCAGAGGCUUGCCCAAGUGCCCCCUCCCCACCCACCAAUUUGUGGAUGCUGAGCUGGGACAGGAACUGCCUCCCCCCCACCACCGUGCUCCCACCUGCCAGAGCACAGCGCCACUGCCAGCCAGCCCCCCAUGUCCGCCCGCGUGUCUCUCUGCUCUGUUGAUUCUGUACCCAGCUGCCCAGCAGCCUUCACUGCCACGGACCUGCCGUCCCCAGUAAAAGAGGCAAACCAGGAAAACGC